CUAAAAGCGCGAGCCUUCGAGAAAAAAGGUGGUAAAUUCACAGAGAUGGCGACUUUCCCAGUGAUCAAUUUGGAGAAGCUAAAUGGUGAUAAGAGAUCCGCAACCCUCGAGAAAAUCAACGAUGCCUGUCAAAACUGGGGCUUCUUUCAGGUACUGGACCAUGGGAUUCCCCAUGAUUUUCUGGACACGGUGGAAAGGUUGACGAAGGAGCAUUACAAGACGUGCAUGGAGCAGAGGUUCAAGGAACUGGUAGCCACCAGCAAAGCCGACCUCACUGAUGUUGACUGGGAGAGCACGCUUUUCUUGCGCCAUCUUCCACAAUCGAACCUGUCUGAAAUCCCAGAUCUCACUGAUGAAUACAGGAAAGUGAUCAAGGAAUUUGCUGUCAAGUUGGAGAAGCUAGCAGAGGAGCUCCUGGACUUGUUCUGCGAGAAUCUUGGACUAGAAAAAGGGUACCUGAAAAAUGCAUUCAACGGGACAAACGGUCCUACAUUCGCCACCAAAGUUAGCAACUAUCCGCCGUGCCCGACACCGGACAAAAUCAAGGGCCUUCGAGCUCAUACCGAUGCCGGUGGCAUCAUAUUACUCUUUCAAGACCCUGUAGUUGGCGGUCUCCAGAUUCUUAAAGCCGGCGAAUGGAUCGAUGUUCCCCCGAUGCGCCACUCCAUCGUGAUAAACCUCGGGGAUCAACUCGAGGUUAUCAGCAAUGGGAAAUACAAAAGUGUGGAGCACCAAGUGAUGGCACAAACUGAGGGGACUCGAAUGUCGAUCGCUUCGUUUUACAAUCCCGGUAGCGACGCCGUUAUCUAUCCGGCACCGGCUCUGGUGGAGAAUGAAGCAGAAGAGUAUCCCAAAUAUGUGUUUGAAGAUUAUAUGAAGGUGUAUGCUGGAACGAAAUUCCAGGCCAAGGAGCCAAGGUUUCAAGCCAUAAAAGCCAUAUCCACUGCAACAGCUUAAUGUCAUGGAGUUCGAUCGUGCUUUGUCUAUUUAUAACUU